AAUAUCUUGCAUGUUACAGAUUUCACUGCUCCCACCAGCUUGGAGACAACAUGUGGUUCUUGACAGCUCUGCUCCUUUGGGUUCCAGUUGGUGGGCAAGUGGACUCCACAAAGGCAGUGAUCACUUUGCAGCCUCCAUGGGUCAGUGUGUUCCAAGAGGAAACCGUAACCUUACAGUGUGAGGUGUUCCAUCCGCCUGGGAGCAGCUCCACACAGUGGUUUCUCAAUGGCACAGCCACUCAGACCUCGACCCCCAGCUACAGAAUCACCUCUGCCAGUGUCAAUGACAGUGGUGAAUACAGGUGCCAGAGAGGUCUCUCAGGACGAAGUGACCCCAUACAGCUGGAAAUCCACAGAGGCUGGCUACUACUGCAGGUCUCCAGCAGAGUCUUCACGGAAGGAGAACCUCUGGCCUUGAGGUGUCAUGCAUGGAAGGAUAAGCUGGUGUACAAUGUGCUUUACUAUCGAAAUGGCAAAGCCUUUAAGUUUUUCCACUGGAAUUCUAACCUCACCAUUCUGAAAACCAACAUAAGUCACAGUGGGACCUACCAUUGCUCAGGCAUGGGAAAGCAUCGCUACACAUCAGCAGGACUAUCUGUCACUGUGAAAGAGCUAUUUCCAGCUCCAGUGCUGAAUGCAUCUGUGACAUCCCCACUCCUGGAGGGGAAUCUGGUCACCCUGAGCUGUGAAACAAAGUUGCUCUUGCAGAGGCCUGGUUUGCAGCUUUACUUCUCCUUCCACAUGGGCAGCAAGACUCUGCGAGGCAGGAACACAUCCUCUGAAUACCAAAUACUAACUGCUAGAAGAGAAGACUCUGGGUUAUACUGGUGCGAGGCUGCCACAGAAGACGGAAAUGUCGUUAAGCGCAGCCCUGAGUUGGAGCUUCAAGUGCUUGGCCUCCAGUUACCAACUCCUGUCUGGUUUCAUGUCCUUUUCUAUCUGGCAGUGGGAAUAAUGUUUUUAGUGAACACUGUUCUCUGGGUGACAACACAUAAAGAACUGAAAAGAAAGAAAAAGUGGAAUUUAGAAAUCUCUUUGGAUUCUGGUCAUGAGAAGAAGGUAAUUUCCAGCCUUCAAGAAGACAGACAUUUAGAAGAAGAGCUGAAAUGUCAGGAACAAGAAGAACAGCUGCAGGAAGGGGUGCACCGGAAGGAGUCCCAGGGGGCCAAGUAGCAGCGGCUCAGUGGGUGGCCAUGGAUCUGGACCAUCCCCUGCCCACUUGCUCCCCGUGAGCACUGCGCACAAACACCCAAAAGUUCAACAACACCAGAACUGUGUGUCUCAUGGCAUAUAACUCUUAAAGCAGAUAAAUGAACUGACUUCAACUGGG